CACAAUUCUAUUCAGAAAUACAUCCCACUGGGUUAAAUGGGGCUUACUUUCAGGCUGAAGAAUGAUGGCUGCCUUCAAUAAACUUGAUCUGGGUGUUGCCGUUAGCAGUUUUGCUAUUUUUCAGCUUUCCUUCCAUUUGCUAAGUUCUUGGAUUUCUGCACGUGUAACUUCUGGUUUUAAUAAUCUUGACCAAAAGAAGAAGAUUGAAUGGAAUUCAAGGACAGUAUCUACAUUCCAUGCCUCAGUCGUUGGAGCAUUUUGUUUGUAUAUUUUAUUAUACGAUGAAGCAGUAAAUGCUGACCACGUUUGGGGUGAUCCUUCUACAGUGCAACUAAAUCUUGCUAUUACUUCAGGCUACCUCAUUUCAGAUUUGUUGCUUAUUAUUUUCUACUGGAAGGCGAUUGGGGAUGUAUAUUUUGUAAUUCACCAUUUAGUAGCUCUGUAUGCUUACUACUUUGUACUGGGUAGAGGAUUGUUAGCAUAUUUUGCUAAUUUUCGUCUGCUUGCAGAAUUCUCUACCCCUUUUGUGAAUCAGCGGUGGUUUUUUGAAGUACUGGGGUAUUCCAAGGCUUCAAAAGCCAACAUCAUCAAUGGACUAUUAAUGACAAUCGCGUUCUUCCUGGCGAGGAUCAUAGUCAUCCCGAUUUAUUACGCCAAUGUGGCUUCUGAGGUUGGAACAGAAGCUUUUCACAGAUUAGGGCUUGCAGCUCAAAGCGCCUGGUUUAUCUCCAGCAUUGUCUUGGAUAUCAUGAACUUAAUAUGGAUGGUCAAAAUUACAAAGGGAUGCUACAAAGUUAUUUGUCUUAUUGGACAAGGAGAAGCCAAAGCGCACAAGAAUGGCAAAUCUGACUAGAAGAUUUUUUUUUUACAAAAAGAUAAUUAACAGCAGCUUUGGGUUCAUUAAAAGAACAGUGCACACUUUUGCCAAAAACAGCUCCUCUUAAGGAAAUAAGGCGUUACCUCUGUUAAAUUUAGCCUUCCCCUUGACCCACUGCCUGGGCACCAGGGCCACUUCAUUUGAAGACUUGCAUUAUGUGGAAUGGGAAACAAUAACAUGCUGCAUAUACUGACCUUGGUAGUGUGUUUUAAGCACUUAAUAGACAUAUGAACCUGUAAAGGAACAAACUCUUCUAGCACUACGUUCCUAUGAAUUUUCACUCAGGUUUCUUAGAUUGAUGUGUUUUUAUUGCCUGUCAAUGUCAGGAUCAUUGGUUUACGUUCUGCUAAUAUGGCAGCUUUCCUGGCAUGUUUCUCUGCUUUCUUAAUGUUUGCUGUUCAUAUGAGGCUUCAUCUUUUGACAAUUUUUUAAAACAUUUUUGCAAGUAUUUUGCUUUGACUCUGUAAUCUUUUACUGCAUUUUCGUCUGCCUUAUAUGCAUGCACAUGACCUUUUGGGAUUUAUAGAGCAAUUUUACAUAAAGCUAUAAGUUAGAGUUUGGAGGCUCUUUUCUUUUCCCCCCCUUUUUUUUAAAAAAAUCACUUAUUGACUCUUGUACAUAAAAGAUAACUACAGCUGUUUUCAACCUUUUUUUAAGUGUCUGAAUUCCAACACAUGUUAGCAUGGUAAACAGUAUGGAGAUAAGCAAAUUCUUGUGUCAGUGUUCCUUCCCUAUCAUGGUUGUUGGGACCUUGUAUGUUUUUAAUGUAGUGUCAUAUAACCAAGAGCCUUUUGUGGCGUGUGAACUUCAGAAUGGGAGAAAAUUAAUGAGAUUAAAUGAUGUGGAUUGUUACAAGAACCAUUGUGCUUAAGAAAAGUUUAACUUGUUACUAACCAAUUCAUUUUAAUUGUCAUUAUCUCCUUUUUUCUUUAAAACAAGUUUGGAGAAAUUGUACAUUGCUUCACCUGGUAGAAAAAUGUUUUAAAUUUUCUUUUACCUUCAAAACUUGAAGAGCAACUCUACGAAACCGAUAUAUUGAUGCAGGUUUUCAUCAUAAGAGAAAACCUUUGAAGUCACUCAGCUCUUGACAGAUAUUUGCAAAAGAUGUUGUUGUAGCCAAUAUUGUAGCCAAUAUUACACUAAUGGAAAAAGUACAAGAGGUGGUGUUCCUCUAACAGAAUAAUUAGCACAACUAGUGCUAGCUUAGUCUAAUGAAGUCUUAAUAACUUUUGCAAUAGCUUGUCAGACAAAGGCUUGGGAACUUCCUUGUGCAAAAUACUGAAUUAUGGUAGAAGCUUUGCCCCAGCGAAUACACUGGUCAAAAGGAAACAUUUGUAAGAAAAGCAGAAUUGAAAAUCUACUUGUUUAUGUACAUUUUAUGCUAUUUGUGUCAUAUUUAUUCUUAGAUUGUAUUUAUCAGAUAAUCAGCAAAUUUUCACCUGACAUGUCUUUUGAAUACCAUGUGUCAUAAUUUGCUGCUAAUGUUGUGUUCGUUUUCACAUUUGUGAUGCAAAUAUGGAGGAACAUUGUAGAGAAUAAGCUGUUUUCCUGUCUUUUGUUUGUAAUUAAUUUCAUGGUUCUAUUGUGUGUUAUUUCUUUCUACUGUUGCUCUUUAGCAAAGUUCCUGCAAAAGACACUUCAUCUUCGGAAUCAUACACUAAACUAUGGCUACUACAUGAAAUAGGUUUAAAGAAGAGUUUGUACAAAAUGCAAAUUUCCUCUUUUCUCAAGAAUGCUCAUAUCUCUUUAUAGCUUGCUAAAUUUCAUAAAAGAUCGCAUUUUAUAUGCCACAGAUAAAAUGUUUCAAAUCUCAAGCACAAUGUCUGUCAGUGGUGGCAUUUCACAAAUUCGGUUCUGAGUCUCCAAUGAUGUACUUCUAUGUAUGAACCACCCCAUAGUUAUUAUUUUAAAAAUGAACAGUCAACAUUCUAAUU